AUGUCGCUCGAUGAGCAUUGCGUAAGAGCUAUGAUAGAAAAGACUAACCAUAUUGACCAGAAUUCAUACAGAAAAAUGCAUUCUAAAAUUAGGAAAAGACCCAUAAAGAGGGUCGUAGGACCCUUUCCGGGGGUCGAUGGGCCGAGGGCACUUGGCAGGCACUCUGCGUUGAGCGAAAAGGCGGUACGCAUGGUUUGA